GGGCCAGCACGCCUGACAUUCAUCUGUGGCUGUAUUAGUUAAAUGAGCGUGUCUUCUGUGAGGGAGUGACUGAACACCAGAGUCAAGUUUAACUGGAGCUCCUCGAGUCCUGGGAUCCGACUGCAGCUCUGGGAAUCUGCCACAGACAUGCCUUCCCCUCCUCUGAGGCCAGACCUCGUGCAGCCUGGAUGGAUCAGAGAGUGAGGAGGCUUCUGACGAACAUCAUCUCCGCCGAAGUUGGAUGUCUUUCUUCGUGACUGUGUUUGGAAGCGCUGUUGACUUGCAGAAAGUUGCCACUGCAUUUUAAAAAACAAAACAAUGUGCAUUGGUUGGCGUAGAGGUUUGAGGAUGCUCACGUGUUUGUGUGGACUGCUGGUCCUGAGGGUCUGUGUCGGACAGAGCUAUGAACGCUGGGAGGCCGGUUCCUCGUGCUAUGGAGGGUUUGACCUGUACUUUGUGCUGGACAAAUCAGGAAGUGUCCGGCACCACUGGAAUGAGAUCUAUUACUUUGUUGAUCAUCUUGCACACAAGUUCAUCAGCCCUCAGCUCCGCAUGUCCUUCAUUGUGUUUUCAACAGAGGGCAGGAUCCUAAUGAAACUGACAGAAGACAGGGACAAGAUCCGCGCCGGGCUGGAGGAACUUCAGCAAGUGUUGCCAGGUGGAGACACCUUCAUGCACAAAGGUUUUCAGAGGGCAAGUGAGCAGAUCUACUAUGGAACAGGUGAUGGGUACCGCACAGCGAGUGUCAUCAUCGCUCUAACAGAUGGAGAAUUGCGCGAGAAUGAGUUUGAUCUGGCGUCCAGGGAGGCCGGACGCUCGAGACAACUGGGAGCUUCAGUCUACUGUGUUGGAGUGAAGGACUUCAAUGAAACCCAGCUGGCGACGAUAGCCGAUAGCAAAGAUCACGUUUUUCCAGUGAAUGAUGGCUUUGAAGCGCUUCAGGGGGUCAUCGAUUCGAUUCUGAAGAGAUCCUGCAUAGAGAUCCUUGCAGUGGAGCCUUCAAGCAUUUGUUCAGGAGAAUCCUUCGAGGUGGUGGUCAGAGGGAACGGAUUCCUUCACGCCCGGGACGUCAACAGAAUUCUUUGCAGCUUCCGCGUCAACAACACCAUCACCGUGAUGAAGAGACCUCUGGUCGUCGAGGACACCUACCUGCUCUGCCCAGCGCCUGUACUGCAGGGGAUGGGAACAUCUGCAUCUCUCCACGUCAGUAUGAACAACGGCCUGAGUUUUAUCUCCAGUUCUGUGACCAUCACCACCGUGAGCUGUACUGACGGAACGUUCUUGGCCAUAGCGCUGCUCAUCCUUCUGCUGCUGAUCGCCAUGGCGAUACUCUGGUGGUUUUGGCCCCUCUGUUGCACCCUGAUUGUCCGCGAGCCACCGCCAUCCGUGAUGGAAGACAGUUCGGAUGAAGAAGAAGAUGGCUAUCCCAAGAAGCAGUGGCCGACAGUGGACGCCUCAUAUUACGGCGGCAGAGGAGUUGGCGGCAUUAAAAGAAUGGAAGUGCGCUGGGGAGAUAAGGGGUCCACCGAGGAAGGAGCCAAACUUGAGAAAGCUAAGAAUGCUCGAGUGAAGAUGCCAGAGGAGGAGUUUGAGUUUGCACCCACACGCACCCUGAACAACGGCAUGAGGAAACCCAUCUCUCCUCUGAAGUGGUACUCGCCAAUCAAGGGUAAAUUGGACGCCCUGUGGGUGUGGCUUAGGAGAGGAUAUGACCGUGUGUCCAUCAUGCGACCUCAACCUGGAGAAAAGGGUCGCUGUAUGAAAUUCACCCACAUGAAAGCCUACCCGGCCCCUCAGUACCCACACUACAACAACCCCUCGAGUCACAUCUACAGUCUUCCCCACAGCAGAUGCCCCCCUGUCCCACAGGGUACUCUACCUCCCACCCCACGCUGCUCCACCCACUCUCCAACCUCCACCCUGCCACCUCUGCCUUCCACCCCUCCCCCAUUCUAUAACCCCUCCCCUCACACUCCACCUCCAACCAGAGCUGUGCCUCCAACCUGUCUGAGCAUCAAUGUGACUUUACCUCCACCUCCGACGCCGCCACCACCCCCUUCAUCACCCAACACCCUGCCUCCGCCCCCUCUGGCUGCUCCUCCCGGGCGAGCCCCGCCUCCUUCUCGUCCCCCACCACGUCCAGGCCCUGACGUUCCCGAUGUUCCCGACCUUCCCUAAAGAGUAACAGGAGUUUUUGCACCAGGACUGAUUAGACUGAAGACACAGUUCGCGAAAAUUAAGAUUCCGUGUGAAUUGUAAGGGCAUUUGGUGAUCUCAUGGAUGUGAAAGAUCUGAUGACGUGUUGGCAACUGUUGCAAAUCACAAUUGUAUGUAAGGGCAUCAACGAUCAGACACAUCCAAGAGAACAGAUACAGGUUACAAUGUCACUUUAUGGAGUGUCUUUUAUCUUAUUCAAAAUUUUGAAAAUAAUACUCUUACCUGUGAGACAGAAGUCUAUAGGCUGAAGAACCGGAAAUGUUGCACGAGUACGUUAACAUGAUGAAAAACUGAAAACUUUUUCCUUUGCGUUUUUUAAAUGUUUGACGUACGCAUGACAGCGUUAUCAAAGCGAUCCGUGAAAACGCAUAAAAACGCUCUAUUACACAGGCCAGGCCAGUGGACGGUGCUGUUGCACUCUAAAGAAACACUACGUGCCUACGCAAAUACACACACCUUGUUUUAAGGUAAAAGCGCUUUUAAUAUACUAUGUCGGCCUGUAUGUAUGUUUGUACUUUGUGUAUAUAGAUACUCCGCUGGUCUUAGUGGCGCAGUAAAUCUACUUUUGCUGGAGAAAUGAUAAUAAGUAUGUCAGUUUCAAAAGUUAGCAUUUUCAGUCCUCAAAAAUCCCAUUGAUGUGUAAAUAACCGGCCAAACGCAUAAACAAGUUUUCUGUCUUUAGUUGAAAACGGUCUCGUGUGAACGGCCUCUAAAAUGGUGAUGGAGGAAAUGGAAGUCGUGUGAUUUGUUAAGAUAUAGUUUUUAUAAUUUGUAUAUAUGGAUGCCUUACAAGCAUCAAGCUUGUAUUAAAAAUUCAUGAAGUGGUUAAUGAUCUUUUAUUUAAAAUGCCUUUUGUUUCGGUUCAUUUUUUGCAGCAUUAUUCUUUCGGAUAUGGCAGUGCUAUGGCAUUUUUUUCUAGAUAUUUUGAAUUUCCUUUGUCAGUUUGAAUGUUUGUUGUGCUCGAGCACUCGACAACUUCGCUUGUUACAGAUGUCCAAUUUGAAUCUGGAGAUCAUUUUUACGAAGAGCUUGUGUGUACAUUCUUCAAUUAAAUGAUGAUUUUUA